GGAAUCCUCUUCGAUUGCGAAAACUUUGAGGGACUGUCACUCACAGCAUCCGGAGUGUUCCUGUAACAUCGCCUUAGCCGUAUAAUCCCACAAUUACUACGCGCCCUUUCAGUUGGCAGACCAGCAAUGGCCCAGGUCGGUCGUAGGUCUUAGCUUAUCCUUCACCGGAUGACCAGAAGUCCGCGUUUAGGUCGAUUCCUCGCAGUGCCUUCCCCUUUCCCUUCAAGUGACUCCGUGGAGCUACGUCGCCUGCAGCCUAUUGACGGGUGCUUGCACUGGAGUGACCACGAGGGUGACGUCCCUUGAGAAGGAACUCUCCAUACGCUGAAAGGUAGAGGCAGUCGGACGGAGGUCGCGUGCAAGACACGGCGGGGACAGAGAAGUAGUUUCGAUCGUUGAUCAGGGUCACGUGACGUCAAUACACGGCGGGUCGUCGACGGCGGCGGGCCCUGUGGUCACUGCUGCGUCCUGUCCAGGAGGUUUGCCGUCGCAUGGUGCAAAUUGGACAACGGAAGUGCUUAUUGGUUCUAGUUCAAAGCCGGGUGUCUUGAUCGAAGAAGACAAAGAUGGUGUUUUGUUCUUACAAUUGAAAGAAGGAUAGACUGCUGUAUACGUUCUUCUCCUACUGUUGGUCACUUUCUCUCGUGUACUUACACCGACAACCAUUCUGGAACAGUAUUUUUUAAUUGCAGCCUUUACUUGAUUUUACAGAAAGAUUCAAAUAUUGUAAACCAUAAACUGAUCAGUAAUUGUUUAAAUAGAGAUAAAAGAGUUAUAGUGUGUUUGGAUCUGUUUUCUUCCAACACGUGUCGUGGAAAUACUAAAGAAUCAACCUAUCUCCCGUUGUACAGCCUCACCCCAUGUUCCGGUACACACUUCCUGUCAUAACGGUGAUGACUGUCAAAAUGGUUUGACGUGGACACGGUUUUCCUUUCUCGCCAACAAGGUGCUGGACAGUUGCUUCGGAAGCCAAUUUGGAAGAAGAAUUUCCGGCUAAUGAUAACUGUCUUCCUUCGUACAUGAAGGACGUUUCUGCCCAACGGUUUCUGGCAGGCCGACCCGCUGACACAGGAUCUUUUCUUGUCUUCCAAGAUGAACUCGUCGACAACGUUGUGAGUCCGCGGUACUGCCAACCAUUUCAAGUCAAGUAGGAAGGUACCAGCCAGAGAAAGUCUGAAAACUCAUUUCCUGCUGCUGGGCAAUCGUUAUUUCGUCCAACCGUUUGAGUAACAUUUGGUGUUUGCUCUGUAAAUUCUAAACCAUCGAUCUAUUGUCCGAAUGUAAUGGGCCGUUAGCAGGGUAAAGGUUAAUGAAAUAUAUCAGAAGUGCAGGAGACUUUUUGUUGAUUCCUGCUCCACAGCACUGGUCUGUGUAGUAAAGCUCGAUGUUGGAAAGUCGACUACAAGUAGAUAAGUGAAUCAUUCAAAAGUUUGAAAGUGGACGAGUUGAAAUAUCCUCAAUUCAUGGACUGGGUGCGGGGUUCCUGACUAUAGUACGGGGAAAAGAAAAUAGGGAGUUCAGAGCUGAAAUCAAGACCCGAAGAACCAAUAUUUCUCUAAUUGUCCCGUCCGCUGCUGUGACAACUCUGUCAAGAUGUGUGGCUGCCAUUGCGUGAGUUAUUUGCCCUUUUGUGAUCAAUAGCUUGCGCUAGACCUCAUCUCGGGGUGGGCUUUAAUCGCUUGUCAGUUGGCACAAUUGCACGACUUCCGCUGGCUUUUGUACCUGAAAUUCAAUUGUGCUCUCCCUUCGUCAGAGGAGCCAAUGGUGUCAAUCGAACUAAUCUCAAAGUUCCUCGAAAUCUCCUGAAGUGAACCCUGAAGAAGUUCACGAUUUCUCUAAUGUGUGGCAGGGAGAUGUGUUACCCUACCGACUGAAUUGUUGAAGAUUUGAACAGAAAGUGAAACUUGUUGGAAUCUGCUGGUACAAUACUCCAGGGAUGAAUGGAUUAUCUUUCUUAUGACGGAAACAAGAGAAGGUCAAACCAUUUUCGUCUUUGAGUGAGGAGUUCACAACUCCAUCAUCCUGAAGUUUUUCAUCGGCGGAAGUGACCUAACGACCUUUCACCUCAGUCUCGUUUUUCAGAGUCAAGAAGUGUAGUCGGCUUUUUCUGCUUGACUGCAAUCUCAUCAAUACUACUCAGACGGUUCUACGGGCAGAUGUCAUCUAUUUGGCUAAGUUUAGACUAGAACUGUUACCACAAGCCAGUACCUAGAGCGCAUGCUUCAUGCUUAACCAGUUUCAUCCCCCAGCAUCAGCGUGACGCGCGGACUCCAUGCCUCGUAACCGCGAGCCUGCUGGCGGCGGCCAUAUUGGCUGAGUGGUGACAGCCCCUUGAGAGGGUCUGUCAGGAUACGGGCGAUGCUGAGACUGACAUGGGAUGACACAGAAAGAUGCAGAGGUGGUUGGCUGUGUUGGCAGUGACUGUUCAAUGUGUUGUAUUACGUGUUGGCUGUGUCAACCCGGCUCCUGAUAACUGUUUAAAUUACGAAAGUACUUAUCAUAUAGUUAGAGGUUGUGACUGCGUUGUGUACCAGAGUUAUGGACUGAACGACGGCCAGUUCAUCUCCCCGAAUUUCCCAGAAUUCUAUCCGCCUAACACUAACUGUAUUUUGUACUCAUUUUUUGGCGAUGCAUUCGAAAUCAUCGAACUGACAUUUUUGGAGUUUGAUCUUAGAAUGCCUGCUUCUAACGGCAACUGUACCGACUUCGUCCGCAUUUUUCAAAACCUGGAGAGACCGGAAGUGAACGAAAACAGUCCUUACGACGUGGAGCUGUGCGGCAACUACAGCGGGCUACGGCGGAAGAAGUUCUACAGCUCCCAUCGCAGCCUCAUUCUGGAGUUCCACACGGACAGCCCCACUGGUCAGAACAGACAGUACAAGGGCUUCCGAGGUAUUUACCGCUUCCUGGACAAGCGUAACUUCGUCACCAACGGGAGUGCCAGUCGAAGGACAACUGUGCACAUACGAGUUCCGCAGCAACGCCACCCACAAACGGGGUAGAUUUUUCUCCCCCUUCUACCCGCAGAACUACAGACCCAACGCACGUUGUAG